UGGAAGAUACAUGAAUAAGUCAAACGUGGGACCCGGCACCGUUUGCUCUCUCUAUUAAAAGACUGUUCCAUCUCUUUCUUCUCAUUUCUAUUUCCUAUUAUUCCCAACAACAAAUUUCAGUUCUAUUUAUAUAUAUGUUCUCAUCUAAUCUCAUGACACUGGAGCCAAUUUCUCCCACAUUUUUGUUCUUUUUCUAUUUGUCUCUUCUUCUUCUUUUACCUAUUACCAUGAUCAAUACUUUUCUCAAAAACAAGAACAUUCGCUUGAAACUUCAACAGCAUCACCAUCAAUCACCAAGAUUAGAUCUCCUCACUCUCCCCAAACAUGAUGAACAACCCAAGAAGCCUCCCAAUGUUGUGGAAUCAGCCAUGUUGAUGAACCAUCAUCAUUAUUCUUCUCCAUCCACCGCCAUUGGAUUUGAUGACGAUGGGAUGACGUCAUGCACAGAAAGUCUUGGAUUCGAGAGUUCAAACGAGAGGUGCUUCAUCUGUGAUCAUCAACAAGAACAAGAAUGGAUCCAUGACGAGAAUCAUGAUGCUGAUGUUUCUGAUUGGAGGAGGAAUAAUAUGGACCGGAAAGAGAGCCGACGGGGGAGGAAUUCAAAGGUGAGUAGGUCGUUUCCACCGCCUUUGACAUCACUGAACCGCAACGGACAGCCGAGUUUCUUUCUCCGUCCCGUGAGGAAGGACGGCAGGUUAGAACUCACACAAGUUAGAAUUCAACGGCAGGAGAUCCUUCACGCAUGCCGGCAGGAUGGACGGUUGAUAUUACACCUCAUCCCUGACCGUACUCUCUUUGAAGAAGAACAAGAACAAGCCGCAUAUGAUGCUGCUUAUAACCAAGAAGAAGAAGAAGAAGAAGAAGAAGAAGAAGAAGAAAAAGAAGAAGACGAAGACGAAGAUGAAGACGAAUAUAAAUAUGAACAUGAACAAGAAGUAAUAAUUGCAAAUGGAAAAGAUGAUCAACGGAGUAGAUAUGGAAAUGAGUUGAGGAGGUGUCACGAGAUGGUGAAUAUGAACGUGAACAUGAAUAUGAAUCACCAUCAUGAUCACCGACAUCAACAUCUGCAACUGUGUGGAAUAAGCAUUGUGUGAGAAACGGGUGAUCUUAUAUGAUCAAAUUAUUUUAGUAACCGAGUUUAACUAUGUUGAUUCAGUAGUUUAUUGAGACAUAAUAAGAAGAAGAAAGAAGACUUAGUUAAAGUUGAUUACAAAAAUAAUUUGUUCAUUCGGCAUAUGUUUUUCAGUAAAAUAUUGUUAAAAUAAGAUAGGACAGGUGGUGGCACACGCACAAUUUUGAUACCGAUCCAAAGCUAAGGGGACAAAAGCAGAGAGAAGGAAGCAUCCAUGCAUGGAAAUUAAUGAUGAAAAUGAAAAUGAUGAGGAAUAAUUUAGAAGAUAGUGGUAGAAGCAGUGUGUGUAUGUGUUGUUGUAUCGGUUAGUGUGUGAAGAAAGAAAAUAUCUACUAUCACUCACAAAAUGCUAACUUUUAUGGUAAUCAUAAUAAAUAAAAAUAAAACAAGAUUCAUUCAUUCAUUC